AUGUACAAGAACGUCGCCAGGUCGGCGUUGCGCACAUCCGCCUUCAGCAGGCCGGCCACUCGCGCUUUUCAGCCAAAGGUCGUCGCGCCCGCGAUCGCCCAGCGCUUUGCCUCCACCGACACCCUUCACGGCAAGAUCUAUCAGGUCAUUGGUGCUGUCGUCGAUGUCAAGUUCGACUCCGAGCAGCUCCCCUCCAUCCUGAACGCCCUCACCACCGAGAAUGGCGGCAACAAACUUACCCUCGAGGUGGCACAACACAUGGGUGAGAACAUCGUGCGAUGCAUUGCUAUGGAGGGUACCGAGGGUCUCGUCCGUGGCUCCCCAUGCAGCGACACCGGUGCUCCCAUCUCCAUCCCCGUCGGCCCCGCCACUCUUGGCCGUAUCAUGAACGUCACUGGUGACCCCAUUGACGAGCGUGGGCCCAUCAAGACCGACAAGCGAUUGCCCAUCCAUGCCGACGCACCCAGUUUCGUCGAGCAAUCGACAUCGGCUGAGGUCCUCGUCACUGGUAUCAAGGUCGUGGACUUGCUCGCUCCUUAUGCUCGUGGUGGCAAGAUUGGUCUUUUCGGAGGCGCUGGUGUUGGAAAGACUGUGUUUAUCCAGGAGCUUAUCAACAACAUCGCCAAGGCCCAUGGUGGUUACUCUGUCUUCACUGGUGUCGGCGAGCGUACCCGUGAGGGUAACGAUUUGUACCACGAGAUGCAGGAGACCGGUGUCAUUCAGCUUGAUGGCGAGUCCAAGGUCGCCUUGGUGUUCGGUCAGAUGAACGAGCCUCCAGGAGCCCGUGCCCGUGUCGCUCUCACUGGUUUGACUGUGGCUGAAUUCACCCAAGCCGGUUCCGAGGUGUCUGCUCUGCUCGGUCGUAUCCCAUCUGCCGUCGGUUACCAGCCAACCCUCGCCGUCGACAUGGGUAUCAUGCAGGAACGUAUCACCACCACGCGAAAGGGCUCCAUCACCUCCGUGCAGGCCGUCUACGUGCCCGCUGACGAUUUGACCGAUCCCGCCCCGGCCACCACCUUCGCCCAUUUGGACGCCACCACUGUGCUCUCCCGUGGUAUCUCCGAGUUGGGUAUCUACCCCGCCGUCGACCCUCUUGACAGCAAGUCCCGUCUGCUCGACCCCCGUGUCCUCGGUGACGACCACUACCAGACCGCCACCCGCGUGCAACAGAUUCUCCAGGAGUACAAGUCGCUCCAGGAUAUCAUUGCCAUCCUGGGUAUGGACGAGUUGUCCGAGCAGGACAAGCUUACCGUCGAGCGUGCCCGUAAGGUGCAGCGUUUCUUGAGCCAGCCUUUCACCGUCGCUCAGGUCUUCACUGGUAUCGAGGGUACUCUUGUCGACCUCAAGGACACCAUCCGAUCGUUCAAGGCUAUUAUUCACGGAGAGUGUGAUGAUCUGCCUGAGGGCGCUUUCUACAUGGUUGGUGAUAUCGAGAGCGCACGAGCCAAGGGUGAGAAGAUUCUGGCGGAUCUUGAGAAGUCAUAG